AUGGGGCCGAGUGGCGCGGCCGCGGUGGCCGUGGGGCUGUGGGUCUUGGCGACGGUGGGCGAGGCGGCGGACCCUGGCGUGGCGACACCCCGGCGCUGCCUGCUGUCACACUACCGCUCGCUGGACCCCAGGGCGCUGGCGGCGGUCAAGGAGGAGGAGACCCUGAACUGGAGGCCGCGCAACUGCUCCUUCCGCCCACGGAGGGAUCCUCCGCGGCCGUGG